AUGUCUACCUCCACACUCCCCUCACAACCUCUCCCAAACGAAACGGGCCAGCCCGCCGAGCCGCGCGCCCGCGGUUCCACAACAGACGGGCUCGGCCUCGAUCUCGACGCACCAGCCACCACACGGACGCCCUGGCCUGAACGGCUUCGAGAGCUGUCGCACUUGGCGGCGUCGUCGCCUGGUACCGUUUAUAUCGAAUCCGAGACCGAGGAGACCAUCCAUGCGCAUCUCGAUGCGGUCGAGGCGAUUCUGCGCGAUCCGCGGCCGGCGCUCACAAGGGAGAUUGGGAAGUGUCGGCGAAGGAGCCCUGGGGGUAAGGCGAGUGUGAAUGUGGCGGAGAGAAAGACUAUGACGGAGGAACUGGAGGAGGAGAAGCCAGUAUUGGAGCAGGAGAAUGGUGUCGACCAUGUGGCUGUCUUGGCGCAGUUGAUGGCACUGUUGCGCGAAGUCACGCUAUUGAAUGGCGAGGUUGAGCGGCGCCGCGAAGAAUCGAGGGAGAUUCGCGAUCUGUUCGAAGAAAGGUGUCGCGGGUUAUCAAGAACUAUUGCCGAGCUUGAAGACGAGGUGCUAGAAUUACAAUCCGAUCUCGUCGAGGAUGCGGUCGAACUGGAAGGUAUACAAGGGACUGUCCACGGACUGCAUGAUUGGAUCGACCGGAUAAGGAAAGAGCAGAAAUUAGUCCAGACUUCAAGAACGCUUGCCUACCAAAAGUCGCGACGAUCCUGGAUUGGCCGGAAGGGUAAGGAGGACCGGGCUGUUGAGACGGACAGCGAGAUGAUGCUGGAAGGUCUAAAUGCUUGGAUGCGCGGAUGGAGAGAUGUCGAGGAAGGCUUCCAGGUCCGAGCGCGGGCACGACAAACACGAAGGAAUCAAAGGCAGGCACAGCUCUUCCAAGCGGGCGAGAAGAUCGGGCCUACACAGCAAAAGUCCAUAUCUCCACUAGAGUCUUUACCUUGUCCGAUAGUUACUUAG